CAGCAGAUGAGCACCAUGGCCAUCAGUGAUAGCACCACUCGGCUAGAGGCCACUCUGCUGGCAUUCAAAAAGGUCAUCGACUCAUACACAACACCCCAUGGAACCACCCUGUCUCGACACUUUACCUCCCACGUCCUCAACCCGCAAAUCGUGUAUCUCACAGCCUGUCGGCCCAUGUGCUUCUCCAUGGGAAACGCCAUCCGGUGGCUUAAGCUUCAGAUCAGCAAGAUUGAUAUCGACAUGGCCGACUCUGACGCUAAAAAGCUGCUGUGCGAGGCCAUUGACAGCUUCAUCCACGAGCGCAUCACUCUCGCCGAUCUCGUCAUUGUCAACACGGCAGCAGACAUGAUUGCCGAAGACGACGUCAUCCUCACAUAUGCGCACCACCACCUCGUAGAGAGGGCCCUCCUCAAAGCCAACGCCAGCGGCAAGCGCUUCAAGGUCAUCCUCGUCGACGAUCCGUUUGAGAGAGUCGGCCUCGGCCACGUCAAGAAGCUGACCGCCGCCGGCAUCCCCGUCAUCUACUCACCCGACUUUGGCGCCCUGCGCACCAACCUCCAAGAGUCCACCACUGUUCUCGUCGCUGCAGAGGCCAUGUUUAGCAACGGAGCCAUGUACGCGCGAGCAGGCACAUGCGACGUUGCGACGGCCGCGUUUGACUUGGGUAUGCGAGUGACUUCGCUGUGCGAGACUAUCAAUUUCACAGAGCGUGUGUCGAUAGAUUCGCUCACGUACAAUGAGAUUGAUCCGGAGCGGAACACGGAUGAAGAGUUUAGGCUGUUGUUUGACACGACGAGAGACAAGUAUAUUUCGGCUGUGGUGACAGAGCUAGGUAUCUGUUCGGCAAAAUCGGUGCCUGCAAUUUUGCGAAAAUUGGAGGAAUUGUAAAAAGUAAAAUAAAAAGUCAAGACAAAACAAAGAAGCAUUAUGACGGGACGGAAUAUCAGGCUGUAGCGAGGAGGUAUCAUGAGAGGAAUAAAUGGAUAAACCAAUUCGCUGGUUUGAGAUUCAAAAAUUGAUAUUGUGAACAUGACGGCUGACUUGUAUCGUAUAUGCGUGUAUAAUUGUGUCUCUGAGUCUGUUCAAUGCAUUGAGUCAUAUAGCUUGCCCACCCAAUGGCAUGUAACAUGACAUCUCAACCCAUGUCCCUCAAACUUCCUCCUUCAUCUCCAGCCAGAGAAAAGACAUCAAUUCCGAAACUCUCCUCGCUCUGUAUGUACAAUUCGGAUAUUUCGCUCUUUCUUUCCCUUCCAUCAGGUUAUGUCCCCGUCCCUUUUAUUACAUUUCUUCCCUCCAAGCACAUUUUUUUCUCUCCUCCUCAGUCGGCAUAAACUUAAGCCUCCUGUCCCCUCUCAGCAUCGCGCUGUGCCUUCCUCGCCCUCUUCUCCAGCAGAGCCCUCUUCCGCUCGCCCAGCUGCGCGGCCUGUCUGUCGUCGACACCCUGCAGCCAGUGUCCGAAGCUCGCGCCGCCGAGCGCAUAGACGGGGUACGCCCACAGAGAGGAGCGGUUGAAGAAGGGGCGCAUCUCGAUGCCGACUUGCCAGAAGCGCACGGCGAGGCC